AUGAGCCGGGCUGUGAGCUGGGACAUGGACGGGCUGCGAGCGGACGGAGGUGCUGCCAGCGGGGGCGCCCCCUCCUCCGCGGCUGCCACUGCGGGGCAGUGCCGCGGCUUCCUCCCUUCGCCGGUGUUCGGCGCACACUCUGGCCGGGCGGCUGCGGCGGCUGCUGCAGCGGCCGCCGCAGCGGCAGCAGCUUCAGGCUUCUCCUAUCCUGGGGCUGCAGAACGCUCCGGCUCAUCCUCUUCCUCCUCGUCGUCCGCAGUGGCAGCGGCGGCGGCGGCGGCAGCAGCAGCGCGUCCCGAGGCGCCCCCUACCAAGGACUGUCCCGGCUCCACUCCGGCUCCGACUCCAGCUGCAGCGCCCCCGGCCGCCCCGGCACUGGGCUAUGGCUAUCACUUUGGCAAUGGAUACUACAGCUGCCGCAUGUCCCACGGCGUGGGGAUCCAACAGAACGCACUCAAGUCCUCCCCCCACGCCUCUCUGGGGGGCUUUCCAGUGGAAAAAUACAUGGACGUCUCCAGCCUGGCCAGCACCAGUGUCCCGGCCAACGAGGUCCCCUCCCGGGCUAAGGAAGUGUCCUUUUACCAGGGCUACACCAACCCUUACCAGCACGUCCCCGGGUAUAUAGACAUGGUCUCCACCUUUGGCUCAGGGGAACCGAGACACGAAACGUACAUAUCCAUGGAGGGUUACCAGUCCUGGACUCUGGCGAAUGGCUGGAACAGUCAGGUUUACUGUGCUAAAGACCAGUCUCAGAGCUCACAUUUUUGGAAAUCUUCCUUUCCAGGGGAUGUAGCUCUAAACCAGCCUGAUAUGUGUGUCUACAGACGUGGAAGGAAGAAACGAGUUCCAUAUACCAAACUGCAACUGAAAGAACUGGAGAACGAAUACGCCAUAAACAAGUUCAUUAACAAGGACAAGAGGAGAAGGAUAUCCGCAGCCACAAACCUGUCUGAGAGACAAGUGACCAUUUGGUUUCAGAACAGAAGAGUGAAGGACAAGAAAAUAGUCUCCAAACUCAAAGACAAUGUGUCCUGA